CACGACUUGACUUGAUAAAGAAACUGGUAGUUUCUCGCUGAAUGCGCGACAUUGAGGUAAUACGGUGCGAGGAUCGAAAAACUCUAUCGCACCAUGUUCUGGUUGACAAUCCUGUUCCUGGCCCUGUUAUAUAUAACCUGGAAGGUUUUGACUGACGAUGAUCCGCUGGACAAGCUGCCCGGGCCGAGGAAAUGGCCUAUUCUGGGCAACUCAUUCAUUCUGACGCUUACUUCACAAGAGGAAUAUUUCGUACUCGUGCGUGAGUUCGUGAAGCAAUAUGGCGACCGGUUCGUGUACAAACUUUUCAACACGAGGGUCCUGAGCAUCUGCGGCGCUAAGGACACUGAAGUGAUUUUAUCCCACUCUCGCAACAUCAGUAAAAGCAGCCAUUACAAAUUCGUAGAGCCGAUGCUUGGCACCGGGUUGCUACUUAGCACAGGUAACAAGUGGCACAGUCGUCGGAAGCUGCUGACGCCAACGUUCCACUUCAACAUCCUGAAGAACUUCUCCGUCGUCAUGGAAGAGAGGAGCAGAGCCUUCGUCGGUCAGCUUUGGAAGACAAUGGGGGAAGAGGUGGAAGUAGCUUCGGUGAUCAAGGACUUCACGCUCUACACUAUUUGUGAAACUGCAAUGGGCAUCAGCCUAGAUCUAGACAAGUCUAAACCAGCUUUAGAAUACCUAGACGCAGUCAUCAAUAUCGGGCCUUUAAUCUUAGAAAGGAACAUAAGUCCUUGGCUGCAACCAGACUUCAUUUACCACAGACUGCCCGCUGGUAGACGGCACGACAAAUACUUGAAAACAAUUCACUCUUUCUCCGAUAAUCUUAUUCAUGGAAGGAAACAGCAGAGAAUGAAAGAUAUGGAAGAAUUUGAGACGAUAGAAGAAGAUGGAGUUAAGAAAAGACUGGCGUUUUUGGAUCUCUUGUUGGAGGUUGAGAGUAGAGGGGAAAUUGAUUUGGAGGGGAUCAGGGAAGAAGUUAAUACGUUCAUGUUUGAGGGGCACGACACUACUGCGAAUGCUUUAAUUUUUAGCAUUAUGUUGUUGGCCAAUCAUCCAGAAGCACAGGAUAAAAUCCGUGAAGAAUAUCGCAUGAUCAUCGGCGGCAAGGACCGCGCGUUCACUAUGUCCGACUUUACUGAGAUGAAGUAUCUAGAGGCUGUGAUCAAGGAGACGCUCCGCCUGUAUCCCAGCGUACCGUUUAUUGGACGGACGGUUACUGAGGACUUUAUGCUCGAUAACAUCCUAGUUCGAGCUGGUACCCAAGUGGCUCUCCGCAUCUACGAUCUCCAAAGACGGCAGGACCUGUUCCCGGAUCCCGACGAAUUCAAGCCUGAAAGAUUCUUGGACGCAGAGCACCGGCCAUAUGCGUUUGUCCCCUUUAGCGCUGGACCCAGGAACUGUAUAGGUCAACGUUUUGCGAUGAUGGAAAUGAAGUGCGUGCUAAGCAUGAUCUGCGAGAAGUUCCGACUUGUGCCGCGGAUCCAGAACCACCGGCCGGCGCUGACGGCGGACUUAGUGCUGCGGGCUGUCGAACCCAUCUACGUGAGAUUCCUGCCAAGAUAACAACUUGUGUUGUUAUCUCUGUGGCCUAUUUCACAAUUUAGUGACAAUAGGCUAAAUAGUUUCCUAUACUUAAAAUAAAAUUUUAUUCAGUGCACGAAAUAAAGCACCAACAUAAUUAGAAGAAAAAUAUGGACAGUAGUUAUGUUUAAACAUA